AUGCAGCCGCGCGCUGCAGCUCUCCUGGCGGCCUUUCUGGCCCUCGCAAUCAGUGGCGCCUCCGCAAAGUGCAGCGACGCCAACGACAGCCCGUGUGUAAGGUGCCACAAGGACGGCCUCAGGUGCGCUAAGUGCGUCUGGCGUUAUGGGCUGACCCCCAAGGGGACCUGCGCCCAGUGCAAGGUCCCGGGCAAACUUGGUUUUACUUGCAUCAAGUGUGACGGCCCCCGCCAGGACGUGUGCCAGGAAUGCAACGAUUGGGACGGCCUGCGCGACAAGCCCAUGGGUGCGUAG